AUGUCAGGUAUAUUCAUUGAACUUGAGCGCAAGAGAGUGAUCUUCUCCGUUGACAAGUUGGUGGACGAGUUCACUCUGAAGUCCGACGAACUUGAAAGCGAACCCUGGAAUAUGGACCCAAAGGCAGACGAGGACGGACAAAAGACACAAAAAGACUACUUGAAUGCUUCUAAACGCCAGCUCUCAAAAUUCCUAGAUGAAAUCGACGAGGUUGCCGAGGAGCUUCAAUCACUGGGUCCAGAGGCCAAAUGGGCUGAGAGUCCUGCAAUGCAAACAAAGCUGGGAGCAGUCGGUCGAGAUAUGAGGAAACGCGUUCAGGACAUUAUCCGCGAGUAUGAUGACAAGAUUGAUGAGUGUAACAAGGUCGUCUACAAUACGUCUCUUGCUGUGCAAACGGUAUGGAACCACAAGAUGAGACAAGACUCCUUGACAACCACGCAAAUCUCCAAAGCAAAUCGAGCCAUGGCCUUUGAUACUCGGCACGAGAGUGCGCAGAUGAGGACAAUCGCCAUUCUCACCAUGAUAUACCUACCGCUCUCGAGCGUGGCGGCGAUCUUUUCAAUGGACAUGUUCAACUGGGAAGCCGGCGCAGGGGAGUCCAUCGUGUCAAAACAUAUCUGGCUUUUCGCGGUGUUGACUGUAGGACUCACUUUCCUGACUCUCGUCGCCUGGCGAGUCGGCACUCAGCGCUCGAAGGACGUUACAAAGAAGGCAGACAGGUAUUUCGCCGAACUUCAGAGACAGGGCAGCUUUGUCUAA